AUGGCUAAAAUUUUUGGACGAAUAAUGAGAAUUGCCAAGAAGAAAUUUGGCUUAAGAAAAAAAUCCAAAGUCAUCUCAGUAGAUUGUGGAUCACAAACUAAUACAAUGGCAGAAGAAAUUGUCGCUCCGAUAAAAUCCGUUUCAGAAAUAAAUAUUUUAGAGUCACGGAUUAAGGAAGUAGAAGAUAUAGCAGUUCAGACGUCUCUAUUAACCUCUGACAAACUCACUCAGACAAAUAAUAAACUUAUGUAUAAUGUGUCUGAGACACAAACAGAAAUGUCGUUGUUUAAUUCGUUAAGUUGUGAAACACAAACUGACGUCUCAAUAGAAAAUCUUAUUUUAAAUACAAAAUCUUUGGACGAGCCUCAUAAUUCAAAUUCAAAAUUAAUAAAUUAUAUGCACACUGUUUCUCAGUGUUGCCUUUUAUCUACUAAAAAUGAGCCUCUUUUAAAAGUUAAUGAAUUUAGAGAGCAUGAUUUGCAGUCAUGUACUUCGUUGCCCUUAGAAACAUCUAUAAAAGAAGAUGUGUCGAAUGAUUUGUCAAAUGCUGAAGUGGGCGUUAAUAAAACAUAUUCGAAUGACGGUGUAGAGAACAAGCAGAACAGAACUCAGGUCGACAAUGGACUAAAAAUCUAUACCCUGUUUAAUAUUCCUCAAAUUCAAUUAAGGAAUAAUUAUGUAUAUAACAUGAGAGUGUUGUAUUGUCAAACAGAUUAUAUUUGCAUGACAAAAGUAAAAAAUGAACAAAACAUAAGAUUUAUGGAAAGCAGUAUGAAUUCACAUUACAAACAAACACAAGAUCACAAUUAUAAACCGCAACGUGAUGAACUCUGUGCUGUUAAAUAUAGUGAUGGUAGUUGGUAUAGAGGAAUUUGUAUUGAUAUUGAAAAUAGUGUGGAGGGAAGUAAUUUUUAUAUUAUUAAUUUAAUUGAUUGGGGAGAGUCGGUGUCUGUAACAUCUUCUGAACUGCGAAGAUUAGACAUUUUUUAUAUGAAACACGCACCAUUGGCAGUUAAAUGCAUCAUAUUAGAUUUCAAGUUAUUUAACGCACAUCAAAAAAAUCUGCGUAAACUACAGAAUAAUGAAUAUAAAUGUAAAAUAAAUUUAAGACUUGGCGACCGUAACUUUUUAAUAUCUUCAAAAACAAUUAUGGACAUAUUACGUGAUCGUUAAAAUUAUUGAUAUUUCUUUAUACUUUAUAUUUUUUUUGUCCAGUAUUCAAUUAAUUAACUUAACUUGUGUUUAAAGAAAUUAUUUACUGUUUUCAUUAUAUAAUUAAAAAAUAAUAUUAGCUACUUUGUUU